UGGCAGUUAGUUUAGAUGAAAACGUGUCGCGAUCGAAACGGGGUGAAAGUUUAUAUGCGUUUAACUUUUUGGUGAUCUCUAAAGUCCUGUGUAUAUAUUGUGUUUUGCUUAAACCAAAUAAACGGGAUUAUUAAAAAAAUGCUAACAAAAAUCAGUAUUCUAAUUUUAAUUGUGGGUUGCAAUGCCUUGUCAGUGUAUUCAGCGCCUUCAAAUGAUUAUAAAGAUGUGACGGCCUUGCCUGAGGGUGCUUCUGGUUGCAAGAACGAUGAUACUCUUAAUGAAUGCGUGCGAAGUGCAUUACAGGAAAUGGCUAAACGCGGCAAGAAUGGUGUGCCCGAGUUGAAUAUACCACCCAUUGAUCCUCUUGUUCAGGAAUUACUCACCAUGCAAUUUGAAAAUAAUUUUGUUCAGGGUAAAAUAUCAGUAAAAAAUCUGAGGACAAUUGGUCUCUCCAAAACCGUUGUGGAGAAAGUCGACUUUAAAAAGCAGGGUGACAAGAUAUUGUUCACUGGGUAUAAUCGGAUACCCAAACUGAAGGUUGAUGGCCAGUAUAAGGCUGAGAUUUUUAUCAAUAAUAACAAAAUGUCCGCAAAGGGGGCCUUCAAUGCUACAAUGACUGAUAUCGAGGCCAAAGUAGAAAGCGAGGGUGAACUCUAUGAACGUGAUGGUCGCAGCUAUGUCCGUAUCACUAAAUUCAAUAUUGAUCCCGAAAUUGGAAAUAUGCGUGUUUCAGCAACGGGUUUGGUACCAGAUCCUAUUCUAAAUGAUGCUCUUGUGGAGCUGGCCAAUCAAAACUGGCGUCAAGCCUAUAAGUCUGUUAUCCCAGAAACUCGUUCAACCUGGGAACCUCUUGUUCUUAAAUAUAUUAACGAUUUAUUUGAUCACUUGCCAUUCGACUUACUGGUGAUCGAUAACUAGAAAUUUAAAGUCAUAUCUAGUGAAUCUAUUGGCUGGGAUUUCUUAGAACUUUAGAAAAAUGAAAAUUUUAUAGUUAAGGUUGAUCUUUUGAAUUUUUGUUUUGUUUUUGUUUCUUCAAUAAAAUUUUUUACACUGCAACAAA